AAUCCAGGGUGGAUAGAGAAAGGAUAACGCAAUAUGAAGAUUGCCACACAAACUAUGCAUUGCAUUGCAAACACAGCACCUCCUCUCUCCUCUCUUCUACACACACACACUAACUCACACUGAGAGAGCGAUGGGAAUGGUCUCCUUCAUUUCUACCGUUCCUUCACUGGUGUCGUUGGCUCCAUCGCCGUCCACCUCAGCACCCAUGCCCACUGCCAGAUACAUCCACUCUGCCACCGUGAAUUGCAAAUUAGAAGGUGAUUGUGGCCACGAGGAUCGCUUUUCGCGGCGGCGCCUUUUGCAUUGCAUCGGUGCUGCAACCGUUGGCAUCGACAUGAUAGCAAGAUCCAGCUCAUUAAUUGAAGUGGCAAAUGCUGCAGACUUGAUACAACGCAGACAACGUUCAGAAUUCCAGUCAAAAAUCAAGGAUGUUCUUUAUAGGGCACUGAAGGGAAACCAAGAUCUCGUCCCCUCUGUCUUAACUUUGGCACUCAAUGAUGCUGUGACUUAUGAUAAGGCAACAAAAACUGGCGGCCCCAAUGGAUCAAUACGGCUUAGCUCAGAGAUUAGCAGACCAGAAAAUAAAAAUCUUGCUGCAGCUUUAAGCUUGUUGGAGGAGGCAAAGAAGGAAAUAGACUUGGACUCCAAAGGAGGACCUAUAUCAUAUGCAGAUCUCAUCCAAUUAGGAGCUCAAAGUGCAGUUAAAUCCACCUUUCUUGCUUCAGCCAUUCGGAAAUGUGGCGGGAAUGUAGAAAAAGGAUCAUUACUGUAUAGUGCAUAUGGUUCGAGUGGGCAGUGGGGACUGUUUGAUAAGCAGUUUGGGAGAUCAGAUGCUGAAGAAGCAGAUCCAGAAGGAAGGGUUCCUCAAUGGGAGAAAGCCUCUGUUGAGGAAAUAAAGAAUAAAUUCAUUGCUCUCGGCUUUGGCCCUCGCCAGGUGGCUGUGAUGUCAGCAUUCUUUGGUCCUGACCAACUUGCUACUGAGGCCCUACUUGCAGCCGAUCCACAAGUACAGCCGUGGGUCCAGAAAUACCAGCGUAGCCGUGAAACAGUAUCACAAACAGAUUAUGAGGUGGACCUCAUCACCACUCUGACGAAGUUGAGUUCGUUGGGCCAGCAAAUCAACUACGAAGCUUAUUCAUAUGCCUUACCGAAAGUCGAUUUCAGCAAACUCAAAUUAUAGACCUCUUGGGUCGGCUGUCUCGUGAGGUCAUAUAUAAGAGUACAAUAUCUGCAGCGUAUGUUUUUUCAUGCUUCAAAAUGGCAACAUAUCUGAUGUAGAAUCUUACUUCAGAAUAAACUACAUGUACCAUGAAUUCAUUA